AUGGCCCUCAGUCAACGACAUCUUCUGCUCGCUGGCUUCAGUGGUUUUGUCUCAUGGGGCUUGGUUGUCAACUGGAUACCCUUCCUCCGCUAUCUAGGAUAUGCAUUCAUCGCCGGUGUUCUGUUCACCUGCUUGUGCAUUUGCAGUGCGAUACUACUGACAGUCAAGACGAGAUCCGACUAUUUUGACAGACGCACAACUGUGCCCAAUUUGCGCUUUCUAGCAGCUGACGCGUGGUCCACGGAAGUUAGUGUCUAUAGGAAAGCUACCGAGUAUGAAGCGAAAUCAUUAUACCCCCAAUCAUUUGUGGUGUCGGAAUCUAUCGAUGAGCUCCUUCAAUUGGCUUCUCGAGAUUUUAUCGGGUCCUGGUAUGGAAACAUAAGCAAGAACCGAAAGUUUAUCAACGAGAUCGACAGGGCCUUGCGCAUAGCUCUUGAAAACAUCCGCAAUCGACUCUCAAGCGAAGACGUGACAUCCCUUGUUGUAUCGCGCAUUGUGCCGAUCUUGACGGCCCAUAUCAAAGACUUCGACCGCGCCGAAAGAGCUGUCAGAGGGAGGAAUCUAGCUCGGAGCGUGACAGAGUCGGAAGAACUAGGACUCGCCAUUGCCAGUAAAUACCGCGAUGGGAGGCUUCAUCCAGCAGUCACGGUGUCUCUUGUGGAUCAGAAACUGAUCCAGCAAGACUAUGUUCGCAAGCUGGUUAUGGGAUUGUUGCCACAACUUCUUCCCGACAGCCUACUGACAAGCCGCACAGUUUCUGUUUUGAUAAGAGAAAUAGUUGCGUGCGCCGUGCUCCUUCCUGUGAUAAAUCUUUUGUCUGACCCAGACACGUGGAAUCAAAUAUUGGAGAUAUACGGACGGACAGCCUUGAAUGACCGGAAGACGGUCAAGAAGCUUCGCGCCGCUCUCGACAAACAUGCAUCACCGUCCAAGCCAAAGGGCUCACCUUCCUUUCCUCGACUUGGCCCAAAUGACUCCGAGCGAGCUUUUGAGCGGUUUGUCAGGGCCAUUAGACGCUGCAAUAAUCUCUCCGAUGCAAGGCAAUUCCGUGCCCAAGUUGCGAGUCAAUUGAAGCGGGAGAGCAUGGUCGAAGGACAAGAUCAAGUCUAUAUUAGGCGCCUUGAGACUGGGAAACGUGUUUUGGACCAAAAAGUCUCUAAACUAGCAGCCAAUGCUAGUAUUCGUCGUCCCGCCUCGAUGAAACCCGAAUUCAGACGUGACAGUAUACCAAACCACAAGGAUGUCUCGUUGGUUGAUUUGAUGCAUGAUGCGUCAGGCUUAUCUUACUUCAUGGAAUUUAUGGAUCGCCAGAACAAAAUGAGCCUCGUGCAGUUCUGGAUAGUGGUAGAUGGAUUUCGCAACCCCUUAGAGGACGAUUUUGGUGACGAAAAUUCCGCAUCUUCAGCAGUCUGGACAUCUGCCGAUGUCAGUGAUAUGAUCCUCAUUAACGAAACAUAUCUGUCAAAACCUGAGCUGAAUGUACCAGAAGAGUCUCGGGAUGCAGUUAAGGCUUUCUUGAAGGCUGGGAAAAAAGCCAAUCCGGAGCAAUAUCGGAAAGCAAGGACUGCUAUACUGAUGACCCAGUCUGCAAUUCUUGAGGAGAUGGAGAUCAAGUACUAUCCCAAGUUCAAGGAUUCGGAUCUUUUUUACAAGUAUCUUGCGUCUGACGAGACCUCGUUAAUUUCGGCAGAACAGGAACGCCCACCUCGUGCUUCGACUCCAGCACCUGAGCAACGCGAACGUCGACCACUUCCACCACUUAUGACGCGAACUCAGUCUCAGCCCAGUAUGCAAAAGCCACAGGAUCUUCGUCGAGCUGCAGUUUCUAACGAUGUGCAAAGCAAUGGCAAAUUGUUUGACGAUGCCGACUCUUCACCUAGGAGAUCCGUUGAUUCCGACAGAUCGGCACCAUUAUUUGAUGAUGACUAUGACACCGACCCUCUCUCACAUAGUUUUAGCAUGAGCUCUCAAAAUGGAGAUUCGGAAGCGAAAAAUACUCAAGUCAUUGAGAAUAUGGAACAAGCGCUUAAUGAGAUUAUUGUUGAUCAGCCAAAUAAUGGAAGGUCCGAGGAUUCGAGGCUGUUUGGUGCGGAUUCAUCAUCAUCAUCAUUAUUUCCCGAGAGAGAACAGAUAUCAGCGAGAAGUUCCUCGGAAGUUCCCCGAAGUGACGUACGAUCAGGUGAAAAGAAUAAGCCAAGCAUCGCUUCUUUAGGCUUGAUCGAAAACUCGUCCAGAACCGGCGUAUUUGAAGAUGAACUCUUUCCUGAUGAGAAGAAAUUCAUUGAGGACGAGUACGCUGACCCAGAAGGGGAUGAAAAGGAUCCAGCAGAUGAAAUCCACCAAGCAGCUCCGGGUGAUCUUGGAUUGACAGAAGCUAUUGUAGCAUUGACCGAGGAGAUUGAGAAAUUAAGCGCACAGGAGUCGGUCUUGGAUACAUUGACGCGAAAGGCGGAACUCACCAAUAACACGGCUGAAUUGCGGAUCUUGGGCAAGUCUAAGGCAAGUAUUCAGCGCGAAAUCCGCCGCAAAGAGAUGCAGCGACAACAGUACGUCAUUCAGGAAAGUGACAACAGUCUCUACGGCCGAUCUACUAUUCACAUUCAAUCUAUCAUGGUUGGCAAGGAGGAUGAUGGAAAUGAAUUCGCAAUCUAUGUAAUUGAAGUACGUCGGAAGGCUGGGGAACAGAUGCCUGCAGCAACUUGGGCAGUACCACGCCGAUAUAGCGAGUUUCACGAACUUCAUCAGAAACUGCGCAUGCGCUAUCCGUCUGUGCGCCAACUGGAAUUUCCACGCAGACGAAUGAUGAUGAAGUUACAAAAGGAUUUCCUUCAGAAGAGGCGUGCGGCACUAGAAGCAUACUUACAACAGCUGUUGCUGUUACCUGAAGUAUGUCGAAGUCGAGAUUUCCGAGCCUUCUUAUCGCAGCAAGCGCUUCUACCCCAUGACGCACCGGCAACCGAGGGAGAAACCAAGGAUAUCGUAUCCCGCAUAUACAACUCAGUUGCUGACGGUAUGGAUGAUUUCUUGGGCAAUAUUGCGAUGCUAGACCAGCUUUCCACCGCCGGACAAAAUCUUAUCUCUGCCGCCACGAGCCAGCUUACUGGGCCAGAACCCGCACUUGCUACUGAAGACGCAGUGACUGCUGCUGAAGCUGAAGCUGAGUUGAACGCUUUUGAGGAUCGAGAGCUGGAACCAUUCAUUAAGCCUAUCUGCGAUCUUUUCUUGGAAGCAUUCGAGCUCAAUCGGGGAAACAACUGGCUCCGUGGUCGCGCAGUGGUCGUGGUCCUUCAUCAACUCCUUGGCGGAACUAUAGAACGCAAGGUCCGCGAAAGCGCGAAAUCGCUUGUUCAAGACGAUAAUUUGCUUCGGUACCUAUCUCUUGCCAAAGAAACCAUGUGGCCUGGCGGUGUAUUGAGACAGUCUGUAGUGCGGACGCCGUCACAGAAAUCCAAAACAAAGAACGAAGCCAGUUUUAUGCUAGCUGCCCUCAUACCCGAUUUAGCUGGCAAUGUCGUCGGUAGAGCUAAUGCCCAAGCCGCGUCACGAAAGAUAUAUGAUAUUCUGAAUAAUCCACGCUUAAAUGCUCACCUGAUCUUUACUAUCUUGGACGAAAUAGUCCUUGUUCUAUUCGGAGGAACAGACGGAGGACGCUCUCGGCAGCAGUCGACGGCGUAGCUUGUAUACAGAGCAGCCGCGUUAUUGAUGACCCAAGUUGAUGGAAACUUGUUUCAUGGAAGUAUAGUUACACGCUUGAUACCAAUGGACAUGAAGUUCGACGUAUCUUUAGAUUCCUUGCAACUUUCUUUUCUCUACUUAACGAACUCUGUGACUAUGCAGCGGAUAUGUAAAUAUUACACUUACUUGUAGAGUCUGUAGACAAUUCUAUUGAGGAGGUGU